AUGACCGAGAAGAAACCACAGUUUUGUUCCGGAGCCAAUGUUUAUACUCAAGUGCCUGACGGAGGGUGGGGCUGGGCAGUAGCUGUGUCUUUCUUCUUCAUUGAAGUCUUUACCUAUGGUGUCAUCAAGUCGUUUGGCGUCUUCUUUACUGACUUAAUGGACAGUUUUGAGGAAUCUAAUAGCAAGAUCUCAUGGAUCAUAUCAAUAUGUGUGUUUUUCUUAACGUUUACAGCCCCCCUCUCCACCGUCCUGAGCAGCCGCUUCGGGCACCGCCCGGUGGUGAUGGCGGGAGGCCUGCUGGUCAGCGCCGGGAUGGUGGCGGCCUCCUUCUCCCAGAAGGUGUACCACAUGUACGUCGCCAUCGGCAUCGUCUCCGGCCUGGGCUACUGCUUCAGCUUCCUGCCCGCUCUCACCAUCCUGUCUCAGUACUUCGACAAGAGGCGCUCGAUCGUCACCGCAGCGGCUUCCACGGGGGAAUGCUUUGCCAUGUUUGCUUUCGCACCAGCAUUCACGGCCCUGAAGGAGAACAUCGGCUGGAGACACAGCCUCCUCCUGGUGGGCCUGCUGCAGCUGAACAUCGUCCUCUGUGGGGCCCUGCUGAGGCCGAUUCUCAUCUCGGGGCCGGGGUCCCCGAAAACUGCCGGACAGGACACUGCAAAGGAAGUGCAGUACAUGCUGGAGAACGAGAAGACGCGCACCUCGAUAGACUCCAUCGACUCAGGAGUGGAACUCGCUACCUCACCUAAAACCGUGCCUGGCCAGGCGGCCGCGGAGCUGGAGCCGAAGGCCGACGUGGAGCAGCAGGUCCUGGAGCAGCCCCGCCCCCCGCGAGGCCCCCUGCUGGACUUCUCCGUCCUGAGGGACAGGAGCUUCAUCUGGUACACGCUGUUCGGUCUCUUUGCGACGCUGGGGUUCUUCGCCCCUUCCCUGUACAUCAUCCCCUUGGGCGUCAGCCUGGGCGUCGCCCAGGACCGUGCUGCCCUGCUGCUGUCCACGAUGGCCAUCGCCGAGGUGUUCGGGAGGAUUGGCGCUGGCUUCAUCCUCAACAGCCAGCCCAUCCGCAAGAUCUACAUCGAGCUCAUCUUCGUCCUCUUGCUGACCGUGUCUCUGUUUGCCUUUACGUUUGCGACUGGGUUCUGGGGCUUGAUGUCCUGCAGCGUAUUGUUUGGCGUCAUGCUCGGGACCGUGGCGGGCACCCACAUCCCCCUGCUGGCGGAGGACGACGUGGCGGGCAUCGAGAAGAUGUCUUCUGCCGCCGGGGUCUACGUCUUCCUUCAGAGCAUCGCGGCGCUCGCCGGGCCGCCCCUGGCAGGGCUGCUGGUGGACCACAGCAAGGUGUACAGCAGAGCCUUCUACUCCUGCGCUGCGGGCAUGGCGGUGGCCGCGGGGUGCCUGGCGCUGGUGAGGCCCUGCGGGAAGGGGCUGUGCCGGCGCCAGCCCGCGGGCGACAGGAAGGCCGAGAGCUGCCGGGGGAGAGCUUUACAAGACGUCCCUGAAGACUUCCUUGAGAUGGACCUUGGGAAGCACGAGCAUAAAGUUCCUAUGAAAUCGGAGCUGGAAUGA